AUCUGGAAACUGUCGACGCGAGAGCGCUCACUCAGGAUCUAUCUGUUGAACUUUACUCGCUCCAACUCUGACGAACGGGAGGACUCUGCUGCGAUGGCUGCUCUGGGUGAAGUUGGAAGCUUCUUGCACGGCAUUGAUGGUGUAGGACACGUCGGGACCCAUUUUCUCCUGACGUCUCUUGGAGAGAGUCCAGCGGUACUGCUGGGUCAGGGUGAACACCUCGUACCUGGUGCUGGGGAAAGCCUGUCCCGGAGCGCCACGGCAGAUUUAACACUUUUAAAAGGGAUUCUCCGGAGAAGGCAGUUAUACUGCAGAACUGGAUUUCAUCUGGAAAUACUUCCUGGUGGCACUGUGCAAGGGACAAGAAAGGACCACAGUAGAUUCGGUAUUUUGGAAUUCAUAAGCAUUGCUGUUGGAUUGAUAAGCAUUCGAGGAGUGGACAGUGCUCUCUACCUGGGGAUGAAUGACAAGGGAGAGCUCUAUGGUUCUGAGAAGCUGAGCGCUGAGUGUGUCUUCAGGGAGCAGUUUGAGGAGAACUGGUACAACACAUACUCCUCCAACCUCUACAAGCACGGAGACAAAGGGACUCGCUACUUUGUGGCGUUAAACAAGGACGGCACGGCUCGGGAUGGAACAAAGUCCAGGCGACACCAGAAGUUCACCCACUUCCUGCCCAGGCCCGUGGACCCUGACCGGGUACCGGAGCUGUACAAGGAGAUUCUGGGCCACAGCUGAGACUGGCCUGCACCCACCGUCCCAGAUCAGGAAUAGCUGUGUAUUGAGCUCUAGUCCCUCCUGCUGUGGGAAGCAGGGAUGUGUGCAGGCCAGGCAGUGUGACUGGCGGUGUUAAGACAGUGGAGCCAACCAAUCCCUUAGCAGCCCCAGGCCCCAGCCCCAGUCCCAGCCCUACAGCGGCCCCAGCUCCAGCCAUCAGGGAAGGCCUUCACUGGGGAUAAAGGUACUAGCCAGGGGCCUCCCCUCAGAAUGUCCGGGCCAGCUCUCAGCGGUGACCAAGACAGUCUAGAAUGUCUGACGUUGUCAACAUGUACACCAAGGCAUGAGGAGGCUAUUUGUUCCAGGGGCCAACUGACCCCCGAGAGGAGCUGUCGUGUGGAAUAGGAGAGGAACAGGAUCAGAGGAAGCGAUGCUGAUGCAGGAGGGAGGGAGGGUCACUCUUCUGUUUGAGGGCCAAUACAUUUCAGGAAGUGUCUUUGGACUGAGGAUCUAGUUGGAAUCAUAGAAAUAAAACAUAGAGAUAGAACAUAAUGAUAAAACUGUUCUAUUAUCUAUUGUUAGAAUGGCAAAAUCUAUGGGAUUCUAUACAGUUAAAGAACCUCGUUUUUUAUUUGGGGGGGGGGCUCUGUUCAUUCAAGAAGGAUUUUGAAGGAAUUCACCUGUUUUUCUUCUCGUUUUACAUGUGACUAGAUCAUGUUGAAAGGAGCAGAAAUAUAUUUGCCACAGAUAUCAUUUCAAAAUGUAUUAUUUAUUCAUUUCUAGAUACAUAUAUUUAUGUUAUAUAUUUAUUUAUUUCAGAAUAUAUUUUUGCAGUUAAAUAUACAGUACUGUAUAGAGAAACCACUAGAAAUUAUAUCUAUAUAGAAAUAAUAUUUCUUUUAAUCUGAGGAUACCAGUUUUCUCACUUAGCUUGGGCCACAUUGUGAGAUUGUCUUAAAAUAAUGUGGGGGGGAAACUGUAAUUUGCUGAUUUUUUCCCAAAAAGCCCUCUGCUGUACGCAUCACAUUUAAAGUCUGUGCAGUGUGUCCUUAUUAAAGUCAGUGAACUAGAUUUGUCUUUUUGAUAUCUGUUUGGAACAUUUAAUGAUGUAUUGUAAAUGUUUUAACAUUUGGGUUCAGAAACUAAGAGGACCACACUGUUUAUUACCUCUAUGGUUUUCUUGAUGAACCAACUGACAAAAAAAUUAUAAAAAAUAAACAAGUUUAACUCA